CUCCAAAUGUCAGCAAAGAAUUAUGACAUUAACGCAGACCGAGGCCCAGUGCUGUUCGCAAGCGUGUGGUCUGUGGCAGGAGUGGCUAUUUUAGCAGUCUUCGGACGCUUCACGUCGAGAAAAAUGAAAGCACAGCCCUGGAAGAUUGAUGAUUGGAUGGCCGUAUUCGCACUACAUUGCUUCAAUCACCCACUGACCCGCGGUCCAGGCACAAAACUGGGCAUCGGUAAGCAUCUAGAGGCCAUCAAGGACACAUUUCACUACGUACCGUUCUGGAAGACGCUCUACUCUUACAACCAGAUAUAUGUCAUGACAGGUCCUGUCAACAAGAUCGCGAUGCUUCUCAUGUACCGACGCAUAUUCGAUCUUCCUUUUUUCCGGAGAGUUGUGACAUUAGGUAUCAUUGUUUGCAUCAUGUGGUGGACGGCGAUGUCCAUCUCAGGGAUCUUCACCUGCAUACCGGUCCAAGCGUACUGGUUUCAAGACAUCCCGGGAAAGAAGUGUAUGAAUCUCCUUAAGUACGACAUUGGUUAUGCCGUCGUCAACAUUACUCUCGACGUCUUCAUUCUGAUGCUUCCGGUCAACCAGGUCUGGAGACUGCAACUCACGAAGCCGCAAAAGAUCGCGCUUAGCUUAGUCUUUCUCCUGGGUGCUUUCGCUUGUGUCACUGCCAUUGUCCGACUCCUAGUAGCCAUUAUUCAUGUCAACGACCCAGAUUUUACGUGGGUAUAUCUGGACGCACUUAUCUGGACCGCCAUCGAGCCAUUGGUCGCCGUCAUCUGCACCUGCCUUCCUAUGCUGAGACCUAUUCUCAGCUACGUCCUGCCUAAGCGAUUCUCA